AUGGCAAAAAGUCCCAAAGGAGAGAAAAAAAAAGAAUGUUCGUCGAGUAGCAAAUUGUUCACCAAUUUGCGAAAAGUCACUCCUCAAUCGCAAGGUUUCAUCAUGUUCACAUUGUCCUCAUCUCUCAUACUGGUCGGAGAUCAAGCUGCUCGAACCGACUCCGUCUCUGGACAAAGUCCUCUUCGUGCAGUCGGCUGCAGCAACGUUUCCUCAUUUCUCACGUCUCGCAUCAUCAUGAUUGGUCAUAAAGCCAAAGGCUCCAGGACCUUCAUAGCGCCCAGCAAUCCCAUCGUCUAUCCGGUAGACGAGCGGUUCACCGGUCACGUCUCAUGA